UAUAUCAAUUUAUUAUUUAAGUACUCCUAUAUUUUACUCCCUCUUACCACCAGCUUCCUUCUCUUGACUCUUUCUUCCCUUUCCUCGCGAACCAGCAAAACCAAGAGAGCGAAAUCGCGUGUUGAUUAGACGACCAGACCGAAGCCAACGAAUUGGACAUCGAGAGGAAGAGGACGUCUCUAGACUUAGCCCACCGGACCAAGAGAGGAGAACGGUCAUCCUCGACGCCGCCGCCGCCGCCGCCGCCGGCAAGGAGUUCGAUUUGUUGAGGGGAGUUUUGGAUGGGGGACCAUGUGGUGGUGAAUGUGGACGGUUUGGCGAACACCAAGGAUGAUGGCGUUGCUGAGAAGCCAUCUGAGGCUGUGUCGGUGGCUGUUGUUGAUAUGGCGGAGGAUGAUGGCGAGGAUGAGCCACUCAUCCAGGCUGCAGAGUGCCGCAUAUGCCAGGAAGAGGACAGCAUCAAGAAUCUCGAGAAGCCGUGUACGUGCAACGGCAGUCUGAAGUAUGCUCAUAGAGCGUGUGUGCAACGCUGGUGCAAUGAGAAAGGAGACAUUACAUGUGAAAUUUGCCAUGAGCAAUAUAAGCCUGGGUACACAGCACCACCACGUGUUCAACCAGAUGAGACCAGCAUAGAUAUAAGUGGGGAUUGGACCAUUACAGGAGCUCCUCUGGAUAUGCGCGACCCAAGAAUUCUUGCUGUAGCAGCUGCACAGCGCCGUCUUCUUGAAGCAGAGUACGACGAAUAUGGUGGUACUGAUGCUAAUGGUGCUGCAUUCUGCCGUUCUGCUGCACUCAUUCUAAUGGCCCUAUUGCUUCUAAGACAUGCAUUGUCGAUCUCGGACAAUGAAGGAGAUGAUGACGCUUCUACCAUGUUCUCUCUUUUUCUUCUCCGAGCUGCUGGAUUUCUGCUGCCAUGCUAUAUAAUGGCAUGGAUCUUCAGCAUUUUGCAUCGCCGGCGACAAAGGGAGGAAGCGGCCUCAAUUGCCACGGCAGAGGUAGCAUUCAUCCUGCAAUCAGCCCAGGGCCGUGCCCUUCAGUUUACCAUCGCUCCAGACUCCCCAACCACCCCACAGCAUGAGCCACAGCAGCAGCAGCAGCAACAGCAAUAGCUAAACGACCCAGUAGUUCCACAAGUACUGGCAUAAUGCGUGCUUGAAGAUGUAGGUCUGGGUGCCUAUUUUGCUGUUGGUGCUGGCUCCUCAGGAAUGCUAGGAAGCCUUCCUGUGGCCCACGUAAAAACCUCGUAUGGUGUCAGAGUCUUAUUUGUCUCGAGCAAUGUGACUAAACCUGUGUGUCUGAAUGUAAUUUAAGCAUUGAUUUAAUGUAAAUUUAACAUCUAUUACCUUUA